AAACCAUUGCAGCAUUUGGUUUAGUCACUUGGGGAUAAUUUUGGUCAUCGGGGAAAAAAAGUUGGAGGUCUAAUUUGUAAUAUUAAAAAGACAAAGUCGAUUUUCCCAUCUUUGUUGAAAGUUUCGGGUUUAUUUUGCAAUUAAAUUUAUGGACAGAAAGUAUAUAUAGUACCGUCACCUCCUCCGGGAUCGAUAUUCGACGAAGAAGAAGAAAUCAGAGGAGAAGAGAGAAUGGCCCAUAGAAAUCUCAGAGAUGAUGAAUCCGAUGGAUCCGAUUUCCCGAUGAUCUGCGAUUCGUCUCUCAAUCCGUGCGUUCGAAUGACGAGAGCUGAAGAGGAUAAUGAAGCUGAUACUAGCUUAACAACGCCACUCCAAAGAUUGCACAUAUCCCCUCAAGGAGAUGGAAGGCAGCGACCAUCUGAGAUGCCCUGUCAAAACAUUAAUAGUCUUGAUCAGCUGCAGAAUCAACCCCCAACAAUGGCGCCCCUGCAGUUUCUUGGCGGUUCGUCUUCCAAUGUCCCGAUCAUCGGCGAUUCUUCCCUCAAUCCGGGCGUUGGAAUGACUAGAGAAGGAGUGGAUUUUGAAUCGGAUACUACCUUAACGCCUCAAAGAACAACACCAAUGAGAAGAUGGAACCUGUUCCCUCAAAGAUAUGGAAGGAAGCCAUGCCGGCAUGGUGAGAUGGAUAUUCGUCGUCAUGAGUUGCUGAGGGAAGCUUUAUAUGCGAAAGCUUGUAUGGCAUCUUUGGAACCACCUGAGGACAAAAGCAUCAAAACGCUUCUCGUCCGUCGACUUAACCCGAGUAUUUUGGAGGAGGACAUACGAGUCCAAUUCGGUUCUUAUGGAGAAAUCGAAUCUAUCAGAUUCUUGGGGGAGAUGGGUCCUGCGUUUGUCACAUACACAACCAGAGAAGAAGCAGAGAAGGCCGCGCAAGAGCUGUCUAAGGGGCUAGUCAUCAAAGGUCAGAGGCUAAAACUCACUUGGGUAAGGCCUCAGGUCCUCGAACCUGAUCAAGAUAGUUCGAACCAAGCUGUGGGGCGUCGGAUUCUAUCUCAGCUGCAGAAUCAACCCCCAGCAAUGGCGCCCCUGCAGUUUCUUGGCGCAAGCCGGGUGUUUACUGUUUCAAGCACCAAUGAGAAUAACAGAGCUUCUUCUUCCAAUGUCCCGAUCAUCUGCGAUUCUUCCCUCAAUCCGGGCGUUGGAAUGACUAGAGAUGGAGUGGAUUUUGAAUCGGAUACAACCUUAACGCCUCAAAGAAGAGCACCACUCAAAAGAUGGAACCUAUUCCCUCAAAGAUAUGGAAGGAAGCCAUUCCGGCAUGUUGAGAUGGCCAGUCAAAACAUAGAUAUUCGUGGUCAUGAGUUGCUGAGGGAAGAGUUAUUUGCGAAAGCUUGUAUGGGCACUUUGGAACCACCUGAGGACAAAAGCAUCAAAACGCUUCUCGUCCGUGGACUUAACCCGCGUAUUUUGGAGCAGGACAUACGAGUCCAAUUCGGUUCUUACGGAGUAAUCGAAUCUAUCAGAUUUUUUUGGGAGAAAGGUCGUGCGUUUGUCACAUACACAACCCGAGAAGGAGCAGAGAAGGCCACGCAAGAGCUGUCCCAGGGGCUAGUCAUCAACGGUCAGAGGCUAACACUCACUUGGGGAAGGCCUCAGGUCCCCGAACCUGAGCAAGAUAGUUCGAACCAAGCUGUGGGGCGUCGGAUUCUAUCUCAGCUGCAGUUUAUUGGCGCAAGCCGGGAGUUUACUGUUUCAAGCACCAGUUAGAACACCAGAGCUUCUUUUUCUUACCCUACGCCAGCCAUACCAUGACCAUAUGUGAUUUCCAUAAUGAGCAGUGGGGCGGAUAACAUAUAAACAGAAUAUACCAUUGAACUUAUGUAAUUAAAAUAGAAUGUAGUUACACAUUCUGUUUAGUUGCAAAGCUACAACAUUUCUGAAUUUUGAACCAAGGAUUGAGCUUUAUUAUUCUACCUGUACUAAAAAACUACACAGGUACUAGCUAAG